GCUCCCAAUCAUCAAGUCAGUCAGAGAAGUUGUAAUAUCUCAGAGGAGAGUUAAAUGUCAUGAUGCAACUUGAAUGAUCCCCGCGGGAGUUAUUGGCUAAUAUCAAACCAUGGCGAGGUCAAAGGCAAGAGUGUACACUUGUUGCGCACUGAUACUGCUCUGCGUGGUCGCUGUGAUUGUGUGUAUUGCUGUGUUUGUGAAGCAAAAGUGCCCAGAUGGCACUUUCUCCAGCGCUGCUGUGGCCGCAGACUCUGGGAGAUGUUCGAGGAUUGGACGGGACAUGCUUCUAAAAGGAGGCUCAGCAGUAGAUGGCGCCAUCGCUGCUCUGCUGUGCACCUCCAUCAUCAACCCACAGAGCAUGGGCCUCGGAGGGGGGUCCAUAUUCACAGUGAUGGACAGCUCUGGCAAAGUGAAAAUCAUCAACUCCAGAGAGACUGCACCGUGGAAGGUUAAACCUGACCUGAUAGAGUCAUGUCCCAAGACCUUCCAGUUGAUUUCAGGUAGCCAAUGGAUUGGGGUCCCAGGGGAAAUUCGGGGUUAUGAACAGGCACACAAGCUUUAUGGGAAGUUGCCGUGGGCCACCCUCUUCCAUCCAACCAUCCAACUGGCCAGAGAAGGGUUUCCUAUUCCUCAGAUCCGUCGAUACAUCCCGUACAUUGAUACGAACCAGACCCAGCCUCUACGAAAGUUGUAUACCGAUAAGAAUGGGAACCUGCUGAAGGCUGGCGAUAUUGUGAAGUUUGAGAAAUUGGCCGACACCUUGGAGAUGAUCGCAAACCAUGGGGCAGAUGCUUUUUACACUGGAAAAAUAGCAGAGGAUUUAAUCCGUGACAUACAGGAGGCAGGGGGAACACUCACGGUGCAGGACUUGGCAUCGUAUAGAGCCACAGUGACGGAUGCGUGGGUUGUUCCUUUUGGAGAGUAUCAGAUGUACAUACCCCCUCCCCCUGCAGGAGGCAUCAUCCUCAGCUUCAUACUUAACAUCAUGAAAGGAUAUGACUUGAAUUCAGCGUCUCUGAUAGGUGAAAAAAAGACACUGGCUUAUCAUCGCCUUGUUGAAGCUUUUAAGUUUGCCAAUGGAUUAAAGAAACACAUCCGUGAUCCAAGAUUCAGCUCAGAAGAAAUGGCCAAGAAAUUCACAGAGGAAAGCUUUGCCAAGCACAUACGGAGCUUGAUCAGCAGCAACAUGACUCACGAUCCCCAGUAUUACAACAUCACCCCGUAUCUGGACAGCAUGGGCACCACGCACGUGUCUGUGCUGACUGAGGAUGGAUCCGCUGUGUCUGUCACCAGCUCCAUCAACCACAUAUUUGGCUCCAAGGUCUUCUCCCCGAGCACUGGAGUCAUCCUCAACAACCAGCUGUCAGACUUCUGUGGAAGAGAAGAUAAGAUCUUUCCGAGGCAGCAGCCUCCAUCCUCCAUGGCCCCCACUGUGCUGAAGUCUCGGUCGAAGACGCUGGUGAUUGGAUCGACUGGUGGGAGCAUGAUCACGUCUGGGAUGGCCUCGGCGCUCAUGAACCACCUUUGGUUUGGAAAGAGCCUCAAGGAGGCGAUCGCUGCUCCGGUUGUUUAUGUCGACUCUCAAAGUUUAGUGAAUUUUGAGCCCAACUUUGAUGAGAAAGUAAUCGAGGAUCUGAAGGCUCGGGGACACAGUCAUGGCACUACCAAACGUUUCUACAACGUGGUCAACGCUGUUGAGAAGGUGGACGGCUGCAUCUGUGCCGUGUCUGAUGCCAGGAAACUGGGUGAAGCAGCCGGUUACUGAGACCAACAGCCAUGUGACAUUGGUUACGCAGGAGGGCCUGAAGGUUGCAGACACCUCCUGCAGCCACAAAAGCUGAAUCACUGAACAAGUCACAGAAUAACAGGCCUCUUCUGCUGAACACUCACAGUUAUGGAGCAGAUAAACACGUGGCCUCUGAACCGAACUGACUGUCGUGAUGACAUAAUGGAUUCUACUGUGGACAAAGAAAAACAACUGUGACUUUAUCUAACCUCUGUUUGUACACAUCUUUAGCAUUACCACUCUUGUCAUUUUUUGCAUCUUUACAACGUAAAAAAUGUCUAUUCAUUUUAUUUUUCACAUCAUACAAGUGACUUGAUAUUACAAUCAUGUUAAUAUCUGAGACAUGAAAUACAUAGCAGGCUAUUUUAGACAGUCUCAUGAGGUAAUAACUUGUUCAUAUUCACACUAUUAGUACUGGAGUUAUAAUGACAUAUUUACUACAUGUGGUUUUUGAAUAUACUGUGAAUGAAAUACAGAUAUUACGUAUAAUAUUCAAAUAAAAUCAUUUUUUUUACAUGUUUCAUAUGCUAUAAUGAGUACUAUGUCAAAAUAUCCUAAAAGCUACUUUUCAGGAUUCAAAUUUCCUGCAGGAAAUGUGUGAACUGAUCAUACUUUGAAGAGCGAUAUUCACAAGUUGACAAAGAUUUUGAUAUAUUAUAUUUUAUAGAAACUAGGGCUGUCAAUCAAUUAAAAUAUUUAAUUGCGAUUAAUC